GAAGAUAACUGGAGAUGUGAUAACGAUACCAGCAAAAAUUGUUGAAGAAGACUGAGAAGAAACUGCCCCUCAUUAGAAAGAUGAUGGAGACCACAUUUCCCCUACGCCGACAGACCAUAGUGAUGUCCUGCCCACCAGUGAACGACCUCAUGGACCUCUGGCCUGCUCUCAAAAUAGAGUCUGAGUUGUAUGCAGAGUUCCAGCGGAUUACAAAUCAGAACCUGCCCAACACGUGCUAUGCUGAGCUUGACCGCUAUCUUCCUCGACUGAUGACCUUAUUCAGACGGAAGGCAUCAAAAACUGGGAAGACAGCAGAUGCUCUGGCUGAAAUUUUAAAAAUCCACGAUGAACAGGAAAUCCAUGACAUACACACCAAGCGCACUACUGUUCUCCACGUCCUUCCUGUGUAUCUGCGCGAGGACGUCUCUGGAUGUUUAAGAACCUGCACAGAUGAGUCUGAUGAGCCAGAGCUUGAUGGUGUUGCAGUGGGCCUCAUUACUUUCAUCGGUGACCAUGACGCAAGUCCAGUUCACUACCACCCUGUGAGAAUCACUGUCGUCAUUGAAAGUGAUGCCGUGGUCAGCCUUCCCAGACUUGGCGAUGCCUUCCUGGUAAUCUGUGGAGUGAUCUAUGCACCGCACCGCAGCUAUCCCAAAGCACUGACCAACACUUUUGAAUUCACUCAAAAGAUUUAACUUGGUCUAGAAAGUGGUAAACU